AUGGCGUCCUCAUUUGAACCAUCAUUCUCGGCCAGUCUGAGGGGCCAGCUCCCGCUGUCCACGACCGCGCCAUCCAUGGCUGAUUCACUGCCCGACAUCAACUUUGGUUUUGACGAACUGCGCGAUCGCAUGGCAAAAUUCACGGCAAAAUUUGACGCCUUCAUUGAGCAAGGGCGCAAGCGAGUACUGGAGGAGCGCAACCAAUUCCGGAUGAACAUAGCAGAGCUACAGGAGGACCAGCGCAUGAAGAAGAAGGACAUUGAAAUUCUCCAGCUCAAGACCUCGACCCACGAGCAGACGAUUUCAAAGGAAGAGGCUGAGACACAGGAGAUGCAGGCCGCCAUCACUGCUCUUAGCCAGCAGCGCAAUAAGGCCCAGGAGCACCGCGAUACACUGAAGCAGCAGAUCACAGAGACGCAAAAAGAGAUCGAUACCAAGCUGGCGGCUCAGCGCGCGCACGCCGCCUACCUAGAGACACAGUCGCGAUUCAACGUCCCUGAGCUCGACUUUUGGAUGACGAACUUGUGCCUCAAGAUUGAGGGUGCCGGCCAGACCGAUAGGCUCAAGUUCGUAUACAGCCAUGUCGACGAGAGGGAUUGGGAGAGGGAGGCCUGGUUCGAGCUGUGCACGAGCUCGAGAGACUACGAUGUCAGGCACUGUCGCCCAAAGCUGGAGCGGGAGAAGAUUGACAAGGUCUUGGACAAGGUCAACGAGACUAGAGAACUGAGUACUCUGCUCAAGGGCAUGCGAGAAUUGUUUGUUGAGGCCAUGAAGGCCUAG